UGAUGGUGGUGGGCUGUAGCCAACGCAGGCGCGGCGCACCUGAGGGCUCGGCGGCUGGGCUGGUUGGGGCGAGAGGGUGAGGCGGAGGUUGGUUUGCCACACCGGUCGCCUGGUCUCCUCAUCUUCCCCUCGUCUCGUCGCCUCUGCUGCUCUUCAAUUCGCCGAGCCCUCGCCGAGCGGGAGCGCGGAGAGAAAUGCGACCGCGAUGCCCUUCUUCCUCUCCGCCUCCCUCCUCCCAAUCCCAGCCCUACAACUAACCCCGCUUCCUCCACCGCCGCCUUCUCGACACCGCCGCCGCCGCUUCCUCUCCGCCCCGCUCGCUGCGUCCGCGUCCUCCAGGCCCUCGCCGCGCCGGCCCUACCGCCGGCGCCGCGACGCCCCGACUCGGGCACCUACGCCGACGCCGCCGUCUCCCCAACAGCCGCGGCCGCAGCAGCGCCCAGCCAAUGCCCCCGCGCCGGGCCCGCGCGGCGCCCGCGGACAGGAGGAGCUGGAGGCGGCGGUCUACGACUUCAUGCGCUGCUCCGCCAAGCCCAGGGCGUUCCCCACCCGCGAGGAGCUCGUCGCGGCCGGGCGCGCUGACCUCGCCGCCGCCGUGGCGUCCAGCGGGGGGUGGCUCUCCCUCGGCUGGUCAUCCGGCGCGGACGGCCCCUCGACGACGACGUCGGUAUCAUCAGGUGGGGGCCACCCCCACUACCCACCGGAGGUGGGCGUCUAUGACCGUAACCUAGCACCGGGCGCGGGGGGUGACGCCGGGAGGGAGGAGGAGGAGGAGGCGUCACCGUCCGGGUGGGAGCCGGAGACGGAGGAGACGAGGGAGGAGGUCAGGUUCAAAGCAGGCCUCGAGGGGAUGCUCACCAGGCUACAGAGGGAUAGGGAGCGGGCGCGGCCACCGCCACGGAGCAGUCCCCGAGUGGAAGGCCGAAGUGACAACGGUGCUUUAGUUGGCAAUAGCAGCGCUUCUAGUCAUAAUGCGGCUGGUGGCAGGUAUACUCCAAGGGUACCUGAUAAUGGAAACAUUCAUGGAUCUCUACCUCAAAAUGGAACACUAGAGGUCAACAAUGCCUUAAGGAGUUCGAGCAAUGACACAUGGCAAACAUGGACCCUUGGCAAGGGUGGCUUAUCUGAUUUUGAAGCUGCUGAGGUCCUACCAACUGAAAGGGCAAAAUUAUCUGGACAUGAUUCACUAGACAUUGCAAUGGUGCAAAAUGACAGUCACAGAUCAUCUAAUGGUGUGGCUGUAAGCGAUUAUCCUAGUGAUCGUGUAGACUCUGAAAGAGAUGAGAUUCAUUCACGUCUUCAAAAUUUGGAAUUGGAUCUUACCGCUGCUCUCAAAACAUUAAGAUCAAGAUUUGACAAAGUUUUAUCAGAUAUGUCAAAUGGUGAUGGAGCAACUGUGCUCAAUGAUGUCUCCGACGAUUGGGAAUUUGAGGAGACAAAGGUAAUGCAAGCUCAAGAGGAGCUACGGUUAAUCCGUGCUAAAAUAGCUAUAUUAGAAGGGAAGAUGGCACUUGAGAUAAUUGAAAGGAACAAAAUAAUUGAAGAUAAACAAAGGAGGCUUGAUGAAGUUGAGAAGGCCUUGAGUGAGCUCCGUACUGUUUAUAUUGUGUGGCCUAAUCCUGCUUCGGAGGUUUUAUUGGUUGGGUCGUUUGAUGGCUGGACAAAUCAAAGAAAGCUGGAAAGAUCAGAAAGCGGUAUUUUUUCCUUAAACCUGAGGUUGUACCCGGGUAGAUAUGAGAUUAAGUUUAUUGUUGAUGGUGUCUGGAAGAAUGAUCCGCUGCGUCCCACUGUGUACAACAAUGGGCAUGAAAACAACCUUCUGGUUGUCACUUGACUUGCAGCUUCAUCCUUGUAGCAUUUUUGUAGAUUAUUGCCUAGAUCGUUCUUGACAUGAUUGAUCCCAACUGAUUAGAUUGGUCCCUCCUUGUAACUAGUCAGCUUUGCCUUCAGUUAUUUCUUAUUUUUUUAGAUAGUCGUGUACAACAUAAACAGUUAGGGUGUUGUCGAAAUGCAUCACCCCGUUGAGAUAGGAGAAGAAAGUAGUUGUGUAUUUUUUUUUUUCUUCCCCUUCUUUCUCCCUGCCCCCUGGAGGAGCAUAGUUUUGCCCUCAAAAGUAUUCAAAUGUUCAGGUGUUGGUUCGCCUUCGUUGCGUGUAACAAUGUAGUGAUGUACAUAUGCUGUGAUGAAACAAAAUCGUGGCUGUAAGAUUGCAGCUUGCAGGAGUUCCAUUUAUCGAA